ACGGGGAGGUAUUUCUCGGGAGUGUGUGUACGGUGUGAGGGCGUGUGCUAAUGUGUCCCCGUGGGAUUAAUAAUAACAACAAUACCACUAAUAAUGAGGGAUGAGGGAAGACAAGUUACCCUUAAGAACUGUAUUGCAGAACUUUAUCAACCAUGUGGACACUCUGGAGGCGAAGAGGAGUCUAGGAAAUGACCAGUACGAGGUGGAGUUCCAGGAGUUGAAGCAGCUGACCGAGAGCCUCAAGUUGCAAGUGGAGUAUUCCUGCACCGAGGGCGAGAAGGAUUUCAACCGACGCAAGAACAGAUACAAGGACAUCCUACCCUAUGACUACAGCCGCGUGGUGCUGAGUACCUUCCCGGGGGUGCCUGGCAGCGACUACAUCAAUGCCAACUUUAUCCGGGGUGCCAGCGGGUCCCGGGCCUAUAUUGGGUCUCAGGGACCGCUGCCCCACACCGUGCCAGACUUCUGGAGGAUGGUGGUGGAGUGCGAGGUGCAGGUCAUCAUUAUGGCAUCGAACGAGACGGAAGGCGGAAAGCACAAGUGUGAGUGUUACUGGGUCAACGUGCAGGGGGAGGAGCGUCAGUUUGGCAACAUCACUGUUUCCUUCAUCAAGGCUCGCCAGGUCUGCCCGGACUUCAUCGUGAGAACCCUCAAGAUCAACUACAUCACUGACGGAGGCAAUACUGAGGAGCGCACCAUCUGCCAGUUCCAUUAUGUGCUGUGGCCUGACCAUGGGGUGCCAGAGACGGUGCGGCCCCUCCUGGACAUGGUGCGGCUGGUGCGAGACUGCCAGGCCUCCGAGACCCUGCCUGUCCUGGUCCACUGUUCGGCGGGGUGCGGGAGAACAGGAACCAUCUGUGCCAUUGACUACGUGUGGGGGCUCCUCAGGGCUGGGCGGCUGACCGAGAACCUCAACCUCUUUGGGCUGGUGAAGGAGAUGCGUCGGCAGCGCGUUGCCAUGGUGCAGACGCGGGAGCAGUACAUCCUCCUGCACCGGGCUGUCCGAGAGCUGUUCAAAGAGAGGCUCAAGGUGAUCGACGCACACCCCUACGAGAACAUCGCCACCGACGGCAAGCCACUCAUCCUGAGGGAGAAGGAGAAUGACUAUGAGGAGCUGUACCUUAGGCCAGAAAAACAGGACGAGAGUGCCAAGCCAGUGCCAGCCUCCACCACGACCCCCAGCGUCGCCGCCACCCAGACUGACUCCCUUAUCUGCUACACUCACACGAAAGACUUCCCCGAGUUCUCUUCCCCGACGGCAACGCUUGACUGGCUGGGCUCCACCGUUCUUCCCCGGCACAUGAAGUACACAAAACCUCAGCAGUCCUCCCCUUCCUCGGGCAGCCACACCCCCUGCCAGGCCUCCCCCAGCCACCACACACCCCUGCCGCAGCCCUCCCCCCUCUCCCCCGCCUGUGCCAAGGCCGUGGUGUCCUCCGUGCCCGUGCCCUCCCCCAGCCAGGCACAGAUUGGCUACGUGGGGGCAGCACAAGUGCAUCAGCUACCCACCACCUCCCCACAAGUGCUUAAUAGCUCCCCACAAGUGCCUAACAGCUCCCCACAAGUGCUUAAUAGCUCCCCACAAGUGCCUAACAGCUCCCCACAAGUGCUUAACUUCUCCCCACAAGUUCCUCAGCUCCCCAUCAGCUCCCCACAAGGCCCUAAAGUCCCUGGUGGUGCCCCAGUGAGGACCAAGCCCCAGCCCGGCCCCCCGCCCGUCCUGGCCUCCAGCUCCAAGCAGGAGAAGGAGGCGGAGAAUGCCGCCCACAAGUACAAGGGUGUUCUCAACCUGCUGUCCUCUGUUGCCGCUGCCUCCUGCCCCCAGGACAACACCACCGCCUUCCAGGGCCUGCCGGCACUCCCACACAGCCCCGGCCAUGGCAAGGGCCACGCCGCAGCGUACCUGGCCCUCUCCGGCAGGCUGCACCAAGGGGAAGGCGUAGAAAACUCUGCCUUCAGGCAUCGAGGUGUGCUGAACAGUGCCAGUCCCAAAGGGGGCAGUGCCAGCACCCUGCCAGGCACUGCAGCAAGGCCCUGCAGCCCCAGCGUGGCCCUCAGCCCCCCUGGCCAGCCUCAGGAGGGCGGGGGCGAGGCGGAUCGGCGGCCGAGCAUCGCCAAGCUGAAGGAGCUGUUUGAGCGCAGCAGCCAGGAGCAGAGGCCGCCGGCCGCCAGGCUGAGCCGCAGCGCCAGCAGUGUGACGGCCCGGCCCACGGCCCUCAGCCUGCACGCCACCGGUGACGGCGGCCACAGGAUAAAGCGUAAGAGCAGCCUUGGGGCCGAGGAGAUGCUGGCCACCAAGAAGGCCCUGGAGGCCCUGGAGCAGCGCGGCGGCGGUGGUGAAGGCACGAGCCAGGCUGGCCCUGGGACCGCCGCCGCCGCCGCCCCCCGCACCAGCCCGGGCCAGGCCAGCCCCCUGGAGGAGGGCACGUCGGCCCUGUUGGCCCGGGUGGAGGAACGUCCGGCCCUGCCCGUCAAGAAGAGCAAGUCCUUCCGGUACGUGCGGCCGGCGGGGGCCAUGGGGGGGCGGGGUGGCGGCACCCUGCCCAGCCCGGAGCUGGGCAGGAAGAAGGUGGACAUCAACACUUACUUCAGCCUGGACCGCUGCAGGCACGACGGGGCCACCCACGCCCCGCCCCACCCCGCCGGGGCAGACACUCCCACCGGGGGUGCUGGUGGUGCUGGUGGUGCUGGUGCUGGUGGCGGGGGCGGUGGCGGGGGCGGUAGUGUCAGCUUCCUGGGGGACAUUCCCUCGCCCCCUGAGGGGUUCAAGCUGUCGGUGUACCAGGUGCCGCCGGUGCCGGGGCUGGCCCGGGGCGAGGCACGGCCAAGAAUACCCCCCAAGAAGGUCAUCGGGGAGAAGCUGCGCUCCACCCGGCCCCUGCCCCCCCCGGGCACACCCCAGCACCUCCCGGCACCCUCGGCCUCAUCCCCAGCCUCCUCCCCCUCCUCCCCCUUCACCACCUCCACACACACUCCACCCCUGGCCUCACCCACACUCACCUCCUCCACCUCCUCCUCCUCCUCCUUAUCUUCCGUCCACGUCCACCCGUCCACCACCACCGCCACCUCCUCGUUCUCGUCCCUCAUUUAUGACUAUCCCAGGGACCCCCAGGGAAGGCCCAGGCGGCCCCAGCCCGGCCCCCCAGGGGUGAACCAUGACCCCGGAGGCAGCCCUUCCCCCCAACAGGCCGCUGAGCCUGGCGGCAAGGACUACGUCAACGCCCGUCUGGUGCGUCAGCCCCAGAGCUGUGUGUACGUGCCGCUGCCGGCCCGCCGCGCCACGCUGGACGGCCGCCCAGCCCGGGAGUACGCCAAUUGUGCCCCCAGCAACCAGAGGCCGGCAGAGAGCCAGGCCGCCCGACCCGCUGAGGCCGCCACAAAGUUUUCGGUUUAUGACGAAGUCGGUCCCGGCCCCGCCGUGGCCGCUGGAGCCCCGGAGGACGUCUCCGCUCCGGCGGCGGGCGGCCCUGGCAAGGGUGUGGGUGGCCCCGGCUCCGGCACGGGUGACUAUGAGGUGAUGGACUUUGGUGAGUCCAGCGCCAGUGUGGAUGAGGUGUUUGAGACGGUCAACUAUGAGCUGCUGGCUGCCGCCGCCGCCAGGGGUGGCCAGACGCAGGGGAGAGGCCGGGCCAGGGAGGGUGAGGGCCAGGCUGAGCUGGAGCCGUCGGCCCAGCAGGUGGUGCACGCUUGCCACGACUACCUGCAAGGCCAGGGGGCCGACGUGCAGGAGGUGGCCACCCGUGUGGCCGUGGCCCCCCAGGGCCUGCGCACCAGGGAGCGCCGCAACAGCUACCGCCAGGCCGUCUCGCCAAACUGGCCCCAGCCGGCCCACCAGGCGGGCCACAAGUACGAGACCAUCUGGUUUGAUGGCGCCAGACGGGUGGCCCGCGACGGCACCGAGCGUGGCCGUGGCCCCCCUAGCGAGGAGGCCCCCUGUGGCGUUGGCGAGGACCUUCAGGCCAACCUGGACCAGUGCCGCGGCAGCAAGGAGCGCCUCUUCAGGGAGAAGCUGGAAGAGCUGCACCAGCUGGUGGCUGGCCUAGGCGGGGCCGGCUGGCUGGUGGCCGGGGCCAGGGACCACGCCGCCCUGGACCUGGCCCCGGCUCCAGCCCCGGCACCAACCCUCACCGCCGCCACCUCCACCACCUCACAGCAACAACAGCAGCUGUCACCCCCUGAGGGAGGCCUGUCCCCUGGGGCUCCCAUGCCUCCCCCCAGCCAUGCUGACCCCCCCAGUGGCUCGGCAGGCCCCUACUCCCCUGCCAACGUGGUCAAGCCCUCGGCGCUGCACCCCAGCCCCUCCUCCACCCUGCCCGGGGGCCGUGCUGCCCCGCCCCCCAGAGAGCUCCCUGGUGGUGGGGUCUCCUCCCCCAGCCAGCCCCUGGCCCUGGACGCCCCAUACUACAGCCUGGCACUCCUGAGGAACGCAGCGCCAGGCAUGGGCACCCCCCCGCCACCCCUGCACCACCCCAAUAACACCACCCCGCCCAGGCUCACACACCCCCACCCCCACCCCACACCCAUCAUUGUGGGCGACGUGGCCUAUGUGGGGGGUGAGUGUGUUCGUCUGCGGCACGUCAAGGCCAAGGGGGAGGGCGGGGAGAGGGCCAACAUCCCUGUGGCACCCCCGAGAUUCAAGAGGAACUCGUCGGUGGGGUGCCUGCAGUAUGGCACCCCGGACCCCAAUACCCCGCCCGGUGCCAUCUUGCAGGAGUGGCGUCUGUCUGGUCUAAGGGACAAUGGACAGCAGCAAGGGGUCAUGGGACAGCAGGGCCAGGCAGGGAGGGAGGAUGAGGGGCCGCCACCGCCAUCCACCCACAAGACAUCCACCUACGAGUUCUUGGACCCGCCGGCCGCCGCCCCCGCCCCGAUGCCUCACCCGCACCCACCCUUCCCACACCCACACUACGUCCCCUUACCUGCCCCAAAAAGCCUGCCCCGCCAAACGCAGCCCCAGCGACAGGCCAGCGCCCCGCAGAUCCCCGAGGAGGACUGGCGGGGUCGCCGUGAGGAUACCCGCCGCGAGGACACCCCGGCGGCUGACAGCUCAUCCGAUACGUCUGACGAGGAGGGAAUCUUCCACAAGUUCUCCGCUCCGAGCAUCUUCCGGAAAUGGCGGACUGGCGGUGGCGGGAAGCAGACAGCAGUGGCGGCUCCGGGCUCACCAAAGUCAACCUUCUACGCCAGCCAUACCGAGGCAGCUGAACCUCCCUCAUCCGCCGCCCUCCAGUCCCCCACCUCCCCCAAGCCUCUGGCUCGCGCCCUAGGGAAGCUUAGGUUAAACUCGAGGUCAGUGGCGGCCAACUUCAAGUCCUAUCUGAGUCAGCGCAGCGGCGGCCAAGGGGAUCCGGAAGCCGCCGAUGAUACCGAGGGCAGGGUCAACGGUCAUCCCAGUGAGGGGGUGCCGCCGCCAGCCGCCUGGAGUGCUGCGCAGAAGAGUGGCGGAUUUGUGGGCGGCUCCAGUGCCACGCCGACUGCCUUCACACAAGUGCUGCAUGACUAUAAGUACCCCAAAGCAAUACCAAAGAAGCUGGGAGGGCCCCGAGACAUGCCGCCCAGCUUGCGAGGCCCGGGGACGUACGGAGGCACCGGCGAUGACGAUGAUAGCUGCGUCAGGGCCAGGCCGGACCAGCCAGCGCCCCGCCAACAGUACCUGUAGCGGCCAGGGGUGACUGCUGGCCUCGCUGACGUGACCCCUACAGGAAUGUUUAUAUGACGGAUGAGUUGUGACGCAGCGAAGACUUGUGUGAAAAGUGGAGGCUGUUAACCGUAUUGGGAGAUAGUCUUUACAGAUUAUGCUUUCCCAGGCACUACUACUACUACUACUACUACUACUACUACUACACCUGAAUAUGACCUAUCCUGUCCUUUUUUUUUAUUUUUAUACAUAUUUUUUUACCCUUGAAUUUCUAUAUUCACUAAAAAAACUACUACUACUACUACUACUACUACUACUACCAUUUUUCCUACUACUAAUAAUGAUAUAACUUACUACUAUUACUACUGCAGCUAUUAUUAUUAUUACUACUACUACCACUGCACCUACUAUUAUUUCAGCUUCCACUACUACUACUACUACUACUACUACUACUACUACUUGGCUACUAUUACUACUACUACUACUAGUAAUGUUUCUACUACAGCCCCAACCAAGCCUUAAGAUAGCCAGCAUAUUUCACACAAGUACUUGCUAUUAUAUUAUUUUGACAGCCUAAAGUAAACCUUUCACAAUUGCCUUAUCAAACCACAUGUGUAUACUCGCGUGCAAACCUUCUAUCUGUCUAUCUAUCUAUCUAUCUAUCUAUCUAUCUAUAUCUGCAAGCCUUCCAUGCACAAAAACUGUUCUAAUGAUGUUGCCGAUGUGAUGACCCUCUCUGUAUUUUCUACUUUAUUUGUUGAAGAGUUUCGUAGGAGACUAUAUAAUUUGGUUGCCCUAACAUGCACCGAUCUGGGAGUGUGGCUGUGUUGGUCUGUGUUCUUACUAAUGUUAAUGGAGGAGGAGGAGGAGGAGGAGGUGAAGAAGAAGAAGAAGGAGAAGGAGAAAGAAGAGGAGGAGGAGAACAUUAAUGAGGUCUUAAAACAGAUCUGAGUGGCUGUGUGUGUGUGUGUGUGUGUGUGUGGAGGAGGAGGAGGAGGAAGAGGAAAAUCUGAGUGGAAGAGAAGAUCAGGGGAGGGAAGGGAAGGGAAGAAAAUGCUAUAUGUGUGUGCGUGUGGAGGAGGAGGAGGAAGAGGAAGAUCUGAGUGGAAGAGAAGAUCAGGGGAGGGAAGGGAAGGGAAGAAAAUGCUAUGUGUGUGUGUGUGUGUGUGUGUGUGUGUGUGUGUGUGUGUGUGUGUGUGUGUGUGUGUGUGUGU